AUGGAAGUCCUCAGGGAAAAUGAUGGUCUGAUUCUGUGCCAACGAAAAUUCACCAUCGAACUUCUUCAAGAAUUCAACUCUGUUCAUCUUCGUCCAGUUAAUUCAGCUCUGGAGAAUGCUGAAAAACUUCAUCUUGACCAUGGCCCCGCCAUCUCUGACCCUACUUUUUAUCGGAGACUCGUUGGAAAACUCAAUUAUCUCACCCACACUCGACCAGAUCUAGCAUACACGGUACAACAUCUUAGCCAAUUCAUGCCCAAUCCUCGCCAACCCCACUUAAAUGCUGCUUUGAGGGUACUUCGUUAUCUCCUCAAGGACCCAAAUUUGGGGCUUUUCAUGUCUUCUUCUCCUUCCUACGAAAUACUUGCUUUCUGUGAUUCUGAUUGGGGUAAAUGUCCUGAUAUGAGGCGAUCUGUUUCUGGGUUUUACAUCUCCCUUGGAACUUCACCCAUUUCUUGGAAGUCCAAGAAACAAGCUUCCAUUUCUUUAAGCUCCGCUGAGGCAGAAUAUAGCUCCAUGAGGCGUGUAGUCACAGAAAUUACAUGGCUCGUUCGUCUUCUUGAAGAUCUCACUGUGCCUUUGAAAUUACCUGUUCCUUUACACUCUGACAGCUAA